GUCAACUCCUUCCUUUAUUCCCUCUAUAAACCCCUCCCCUUUCCUCAUAUCAUUCUUAUACCUCCCCCUCUAACAUAUUCCUUAAACUUCAUAACCUAUCUACACAAAUUAUAGCCUAGCUAACACAUACCACCCCCUCGUGUUGACAUUUCAAAAAAUGUCGACAACGAUGAUUCGAAACACAAUCAAGGCCCUAGCCUUGAUUGCAAUCACCAUGUUAAUGGUCAUUGCGAUUAGCUCCAUCAACGUAUCCUACCAACAACAACAACAACACCACGAGCAAAUCUCUGCUCGUGUUGCAGAAGAGGACAACAACAACAACAACGACGACAACGUGUUGUUACUCCCUUCUAAGAGGGUGAGCCGAUUCUUGUCAGAGAAUAAUGAUGAUGAUUUUCAACUCCAUGGAAGAAGCUUAAAGCCAGCUGACCACUGCCACAAAGAUUACGAGGUUUGCGACAUCAGGUACGGAAACAACUACACGUGUUGUGGAAACAAGUGUUUCGAUCUAACAACCGAUAAGAAACAUUGUGGAGGAUGCCAUAGCAAGUGCAAGUUCACACACGAGUGCUGCAACGGAAAGUGUAUUGACAAAACUUAUGACAAGAGGCAUUGUGGGAGUUGCAACAACAAGUGUUUGGCUGGACAAUAUUGCGUUUAUGGAAUGUGUGACUAUGCUUGAUUGAAUUCAAUUAAAAUCACAUUUUGAGAUCGAUCAUUAUUUAUAUGAGGUUUGUCAAUUUUAUUUAUCAACCAAUAAAGACCCACAAAUUUGUGGUGGAUUAUUAUUAUUAUUAUUAUUUUCUAUUUUUCAUACAAAGUUCCAAUUUUAUAUAUACUUACAUCUUCUUUGGUUCAUACAUAAAUAUAUGUCAUGAAAACCCCUUGUGCUAUCAAACCCAAUAAUGUACAUGCGUGCUAUAUAUACA